AUCCAGCUAGGACACACUUGGAACAAGUAUAACGACCUGUAACAAAUCAGUGAUACAAGAAUCAGCCUUCAUUUACCUUCCUGAUUACUUUUCUUCUACUAGUAUAUAUAUGUAUAUGUUUGUUCUGCUACUAUAAGUCAUUGGAUGGUAAAGGGAGAAAAGUAAAAGAGAGAAAAAAGAAGGAUCAAUUUUUUCAUCAAGAAAGUGAAAAAUGGAGAGAUUGAGGGGCUUGAAUGUGUUGAUCUUGGCAAUCAUAGUGAUUCUUGGCGGAGCUGAAGGGCAACUAGUAGAGAACUUCUAUGGUUUUACUUGUCCUAAUGUGGAAUUCAUAGUUCAGCAAGCUGUGUCUAUAAAGUUCAGCCAGACUUUUGUCACUAUUCCAGCGACUUUGCGUCUCUUUUUCCAUGAUUGCUUUGUUGAGGGAUGUGACGCGUCUGUUAUGAUAGCUUCACCAAAUGGAGACGCGGAAAAGGAUUCCAAGGAUAACCUUUCCCUUGCAGGAGAUGGCUUUGACACUGUGGUAAAGGCAAAACAAGCCGUAGAGGCUCAGUGUCCUGGAGUAGUAUCAUGUGCAGAUAUCUUAGCUAUUGCCACUAGAGACGUUGUAGUGCUGGCAGGGGGUCCUUCAUACAAUGUAGAAUUGGGACGUCGUGAUGGGCUCAUCUCCCAGGCAUCUCGGGUUGCUGGAAAAUUGCCAGAACCUGACUUCAAUCUCAUUCAACUGAACACUAUGUUUGCCAGCCACAAUCUCAGCCAGUUUGACAUGAUAGCUCUUUCAGGGGCUCACACACUUGGCUUCUCUCAUUGUGACCGUUUUGCAAACCGUCUCUACUCAUUUACCCCAUCCAACCCUGUUGACCCUUCUUUGGAUCCAGAAUAUGCUAAAGAACUUAAGGAUAUGUGCCCUCAAAAUGUAGAUCCAUCCAUCGCUAUAAACAUGGACCCUGCGACUCCACGAACCUUUGACAAUGAGUAUUACAAGAAUCUGGUUAAAGGAAAGGGUUUGUUCACCUCAGAUCAGGUGCUCUUCACUGAUGAAUCGUCUCAAGGCACUGUUAGUGAUUUUGCUAAUAAUGCUUUCGACUUCAAUGGAGCUUUUGUCACUGCAAUGAGAAAACUCGGAAGGGUUGGUGUCAAAACUGGUGACCAAGGUGAAAUAAGACUGGACUGCACCAGGUUCAACUCAUGAGGUCCAUGUUCUACCUUCAAUGAAAGGAAAAAAGAUGCUAUUUUGUAAAUCCAUGUUAUAAAGUCCGAAGAGUGGAAAUAGUUUAUUGUUGUUUUUUGGCAAUAUUUGAUGUAAUUGGAUUAAAUAAAUAACGUGUAUAAGGCCUAGAGAUUGGAUUUCUUUCGAAUUUUGCAAUCAUUCUUGUAUUGAACACUUAAAUGAAUCCAACCUCUGUGUUACUGAAUUCA